CCUGGCAACCUCCAUUGUGCUGCCUCGCUCCGAAACCUCCUCUCGGCUGCUUGUAGCUUGGGAGGGUGAGUGCUGCUGCUGGUGGUGGUGGGGGGGGGGGUGGAGAAAGUGCCGCUCGUGAGAGCCGCAACAACGACCAAGUCUCUCUCGCCCCCUUCUCGCACGGAGAGAGAGAGAACCGCACGCGCUCUCGCGUUCAUUCGGCGCGCGUCCCCACGAUGACUCCGCAGCGGACGCCGACGGCGAUGGAGAACGCGCUGAGCGAAAGGUUAUUGCCGCAGAAGAAAUCAUCACCGCACCUUGUCCAAGAGGAUCGUACGAGACCGUCCCCAGCAACAUGGCUCUGUUGAGAGCCUCGUGAAGCACGCCCUCCACGCCGAAGCGAGCUCGCCGUGAGGACGAAAGAAACCCCAAGAGCAGAAGAACCCGACGGCCAAAAAGCAUCCCGACCGUUGGCUUGUGGCGACUAAAGGGACGCGGAGAAGAUUCGUGGCAGCAGUAGCAGCAGCAGCUUCGGCAUGCGUCGUUGGUCACGUGCCCCGUGCCUGAGCUGCAGCACGGCCGCGGCAAUGCUGUUCGCGUGCCUCGUCGCUCUGUCUGUGCACCUCGCGAUCGCGACGGAGCUUGGAGCAACGCCAAGGCUCACGCACACGUACCAGGCCAUGGAGAGCCGAGGGCGGCUGCGAGCGUUCUCGCGGCCCAGCGUCGGCAACUACUCGACGCUGCUGCUGUCGGAGCAGGGGGACGUGUUGUACGUCGGGGCACGCGACGCCAUCUUCUCGCUCAACCCCAGCAACAUCUCCGAGGAGAUGCACAGUCGGGUCGACUGGGAUGCGUCAUCCAAGCAGCAAGAGUGUGUGAUGAAGGGCAGAAGUGAAACGAUGGAGUGCUUCAACUUCAUCCGGGUGCUUGUCGAGCUUAACGAGACGCACCUCUUUGUUUGUGGGACGUACGCCUUCCAUCCAAUGUGUGCCUACAUUGAGAAGGAGAACUUCACCCUGGUGACGACGACUCAAGGCGAGGUCCUGACGGAGGAUGGGCGGGGACGCUCCCCGUACAACCCCACGCAGGCAUACACGGCCACGCUCGCUGAUGGGGAGCUGUACUCGGCCAUGAUGAAGAACUUCCUGGGCACGGAGCCUGUGAUUCAGCGCAGCCUGGGCAGCCGGCCCGCCAUGAAGUCCGACCUACUGGUGUCCUGGCUCUACGAGCCGAGAUUCGUGGGGUCGGAGUUCGUGCAGGAGGAUCCCGAGGGCGACGAGGACGACAAGGUGUACCUCUUCUUCACGGAGACGGCGCGCGAGUUUGAGUUCUACAGCAAGGUGGUGGUGUCGCGCAUCGCCCGCGUCUGCAAGGGAGACGUGGGAGGCACGCGCAUGCUACAGCGCAUGUGGACAUCGUUCCAGAAGGCGCAGCUCGAGUGCUCGCUCCCCGAGCGCAACAUCCACUUCAACCUCAUCCAGGACGUGUUCACGCUGCGCACGGCGCCCGGCCAGACGACCUUCUACGCCGUCUUCACCGUCGAAGUUGGGGGCACGAACGUGUCGGCCGUGUGCGCCUACAGCAUGGCCGACGUGCAGCAGACCUUCCAGGGCCGCUUCAAGGAGCAGAAGGGACCCGACCAGAGAUGGGCCACAUUCACGGGGGACAUCCCGGAGCCUCGGCCUGGCAGCUGCCUCAGGGGCCAGUCGUCCCUGGACUUGCCGGACCGCACGGUCAGCUUCGCCAGGGACCACCCUCUCGUGGACCAAACGGUGGAGCCCGUGGGCCAGCGGCCCCUCCUGGUGGCGGCGAACGCGCGCUACACACAGCUCGCCGUGCAGACCGUGCGCUCGCUCGGCGGCGCUGACCACCGCGUCAUGUACAUGGCCACAGAUGCUGGGACUCUACACAAAGCCAUAAAUGUCAACGGAGACAUGCAUCUGAUUGAGGAGAUGCAGCUUUUCUCAGAUCCCCAAUCAAUAAACAGCCUACUUCUUCUGGAAAAAAAGGGCCUGCUGUACGUCGGCUCGUCGUCGUCGGUGCUGCAGGUGCCCGUGGCGGACUGCGGCGCCUACGCCACGUGUGGUGACUGCGUGCUGGCGCGGGACCCGCACUGCGCGUGGGACGCGCAGUCGGAGCGCUGCCGCGACACGCAGGAGGCCGAGCCCGCAUCCGCGUGGAUUCAGGACAUUGAACGUGCGAACGCAAGCAGCCUUUGUCCCGCUGACCCAGUGGAGGAAAAGGAGGUGAGGAUCCAGGCGGGCUUGCCGCUGCUCCUGCGCUGCACGCCACCCUCUAACCUCGCGACAGAGCAGUGGGAACGCGACAGCAGGCAGCUGACCUCGCAGGAGGUGGCCUACACUGUCUAUCCCCGCGUUGGGCUGCUGCUGUCCUCGCCCGGGCCCCAAUCCGUCGGCUCCUACAUCUGCUACACGCUCGAGGGCGGCUUCAGGCGCGCUAUGGCGAGCUUCAACGUUCGCAUGCCGCCGACCACGACGACUACCACCACCACCACCACCGUGCCCACCACAACCGUGCCUACCACCACCACCACCACCACCACCACGCCCGUCACCGAGAUCACCCCCGCGGUGCACAAGAAUUCCGACUUAGACGGUUCGGGGUUGGAGGAGAUGACCAGGAACAACGCCUCCAUCACGCCCACCGCUACGGCGCCCAGCACCACCGCGGGCUACGGCGACGAGAACGCAGGUAAUGGCAAAAGAUCAAAGUCGUUGUCACGUACUCGGGAGGAGACGCCGGAGGUUGUAAUCAGACCGCAGACGCAAAUGCAGGCGCAGUCGGGCAGCGAGGGCGUGGGCAUGGUGGUGGCCCUGGCUGUCUCGUUGGCCGUCAACGUGCUGCUGCUGCUGUUCGUGGUGCACCGCGCGCGCGAGUGCAAGAAGCGCGUGGCACGGCUGGUGCACUGCGAGAUGCCCGAGCGGCCUUGCACGCCGCACGGCACCAAGGCCGGGCAGAACCGGGCAGAUGCGGUCACGCCGGUGCGGUCGCCCACCCACUGCAUAAACAUGGACCCCGACACGAAGUCGCCACUCAUUGGAACGCCGGCUUUAAACGAAUCGCAGGCGUAGCGGCGGCAGUGAGACGAAGAAACGCGCGGAGUCGCGGAACGGAACUGUGUGCUUGGUCGCAUUUCAGGCAACUGCCAAGAAACUGACUAAUCCUGUGUUGAACUUCGGCUGGGCUCACGUUGUGGGUCUUGUCGGCAAUGAGGAGAUGGAUUAGAAUUCUGGAUUUGCAAAGGUUGAUUAAUACACUUUUCAACCGGCAGCUUUAAAACUUUCAUUGUGCUACGCGAAUGAGACUUUUAUCCUUUUUUUAACAAAAGAAGCAAGAAGGGCACGAAGACGGACACACCUUGCAACUGAUUUUCAAAUCAUUAUUAUUGAGAAUCGCAAGCCAUAAGGCUGUAUGUACAACAAUUACUCUGUGAUGACCUUAAAGUGAAAUCCUGUAUUUUGAGGUUAUUCGGAACUGAAAAUUAAAGCAGCACAGAAUCUAUUUCAUUUCAACAGAUAGGUGAUAACAAACAACGAUUAAUGAAACUUAUUGAGUUGAUCUUUUUUUUAGCAACUGCUCAUUCAUUUUGACACUUUGCCGAAACAUAACUUUUUCCUUCUUAACUGUCAUUGGUUUUCAUAGGAUGAGAAUCGCUGUCUUCUGCACUCAUUGUCAAUCACGGAGCUCGCUUGGGUUGCAUUUCGGCAAGUCGCCUUUCAUUGAAGUGUACAUUUUCACAUUUAGGGCAGCUAUGUGUGUGUUUUUUUAGGGCAAGCAAAGUGGUAAGUGUAUAAUUUAAUUUUUAUGACAAGAUAAAAAAAAGAUAAAUCUUUUGGCCGAAAGCGUGUGUGUGCAUUUUUUUGUAAGAGCCUCCUCCUGGCUUUGUUAAAGGCGUUCCAUUGCGUGAACGUCUGUACAAGUAACACAUCUGUGCACCUUAGUUUGGUUUUCUGAAGGACUUGCCAUCUCUUUCGCCUGCGCCUUCACUUUUGAAUUUUGCCACCAUAUGUAUAAGAAUGCUGCCCCCUAGUGCCUGUGUGUUUGCGUGUUUUUUUGGAGCUUCCAGAAUUGAAGUAUUGUUUUUGUGUCGUGGGCAAUGUGGAUAGGUGUUGGGGGGGGGGGGGGGACUGGAGAUUUGAUUGGCCAACUCCUAACACACAUUGUGUUGUGGAGCUCGUGGCAAAAUUAAUAAAUGUGGGUUCCUGCCAAGCAGGAAGCUGCCCCUCUCCUACAGUGGCACAUACUUGCAUAGCUCAGCAUUGAGCAAUGCCCAUCAAGAACCAGGGACUCGCCAGCCAAUGUGAUGUUCACCACUGCUGCAUGCCACACAGAGUCCUUGAACCAUCCUUUAAUCAACCGUCCAGGCAUUACGGGGUUGUGUACAUGUGCACGUGCUUUUUGACAGACGCUUAGUUGCACAAUGCUUUUGGUGUCCGCUUGCCCACGCCGCAGUGUUGAACGCGGCCCAUUCCCUUUGUUGUGUUUCACGUGCAUGGUCACGCCGAGAGCGGUGUUCAUGCACCGCGACGGGUGGGAAGGUGGCGCGAUCUGAAUUGCGCCGCCUCGCAGGAGCACUGCAAUGGGCGUCGCGUCGCUGGGAACCUGCACCUUUGUUCACCUCGCUUGUUUUUCCACGUCAAAUUAUUUUUUUGCGCGCUUCAUCGCAAAGGUUUAAAGCAUGUGGGUUUGUCCGUCGUGUCGCUAAUUCACGGGAAAAAAAACGUCGCGUGUUCAAUCGAGUGAAUAUUUUAAGCGAAUCGCCGUUUUUGUCAGUCGGUUGUGUUAUCUUGGGACGGUACUCAUCUCCGAUGGUGGUCCUUGGCCAAUGGUGAAAAUUCCACGUUUCUAUGGCAGGGGCCUGUCUCAACACAGGAUGGCUGCUGUUGACUUCUCGCAAAGUGGCAGUCAUUUUAAUUACCACAGAGAGCUGUUGGCCUGGGUCGUCCACCCCAGCAAGGAAUUUUACUUUCAACCUUCUGACUGCGAGUCGAGCACUCUUGCUGCAGUGUUAACUGGACUAUAAGUAAAACAUUUUUUUCGUGUUUUGAUAGUUUUUAAACUUUAAACAUGUUCAAUAAAAAAUGUGCACAGUUCCGAGUAAAUCAAAAAUUUGCGCAGGGUAUAGUCCUGCAUACACACGGGCUCGUGAAACACUGGGUACAUCAUGGUUGAAAGGGCCAUUGUUUUUAUGCCUUUAUUUUGUUAAAUUAAUCAAUCGUGGGAAAAUAAAAUUACCGUAACUGUACUUUACAAAUUGGGACCGGGUGCUUUUUGCCAAUAUGUCUGAAAGUAUUUUUUGUCGACCUUGUGGGUCUGUAAAACAGCAAGAAUUAAGGGGAAGAGCAACAUACGUUUUCGUAGUUAUAAUUAGCACUUAACAGGCUUGGAACAAACAAACAAAAAAAACUGCAAACUGUCAUCACACAAUUCUGCAAUGGGAAAACAUUUUUUGAGGAAAAUUAUUGGGUGGGUCUGAGGCAGGGGUUGGAGAAGGAGGUGGGGGUGCAGGUCAUAAUACAAUUGCUAUGUAUCGUAUUAAAAUCAAAUGGUAAGUGAGAUGUGAAUUGUGAGCGAGUUAAAGCUUGUCUGUACAGUUCCUUAUUUUUAAUUUUUAAAAUAAAACCUUUUUUUCCAGAA